UUCCACUUUGACUUGCCAAGAACCGUAAAAAUGUCUUCUCAAAUUUCAUUGGACGAUCGUAUGUUGAAGUCGGUCCGUAAAAUAGUCCCUUCUUUGACGACAACAAAGUACAAGGGCCAAGACGGCAGGAUAGGAAUUUUCGGGGGCAGUAUGGAGUACACCGGAGCGCCUUACUUAGCAGCAAUGAGUGCAUUCCGAACGGGGGCAGACCUGGUCCACAUUUUCUGCACAAAAGACGCGGCAACAGCGAUAAAAUCUUUCAGCCCUGAGCCGAUAGUCCAUCCGCUAUUGGACCACGCGGACGCGAUCCGGCAAAUCAAGCCGUGGCUGGACAGACUCCACGUGAUUUUAAUCGGGCCGGGUCUGGGAAGAGACGAGAAAAUUUUCAAAAUUAUCGCGGAAUUAAUAAGCAUUUGCCGCGAAUUGAAGAAGCCCUUGAUAUUGGACGCAGACGGCUUGUUCCUGCUCUGCCAGAAGCCGGACUUGAUCCGGGACUACCCGGGAGUAAUAAUGACCCCGAACGCGAUGGAGUUCAGCAGAUUGGUCAAGGCUUUCCUGGAUCGCACGGUCCAGCCGGCCCCGGUGGUUAAAAUUUCCGAGCUCAAGCAUCUCGCGGACUCUAUUGGGAAAAAUGUGGUGAUCUUGAACAAGGGCGCGAAGGAUGUCAUCGUGGAUGGCCAAAAGGGCAGCGAGGCCGUAACUUGCGCGACCUCUGGCUCCGGAAGACGCUGCGGUGGCCAGGGAGAUCUUCUGGCUGGCUCGCUGGCCGUUUUCUGGUGGUGGGCCAUCACUGCCGGGCCUAGUGAGUGCACUAUCUCCACUCCGGCUAUCACUGCUGCCUACGCGGCCUCCAGGUUGACCAGGGAGUGCAAUGCCAGCGCUUUCAAGGACAAACAGCGCGCUAUGCUCACCACUGACAUGCUAGAGCACAUUCAUCCGGUUUUUACAAGACUUUUUGAAAUUAAUAACAAAUUGCCUUCUAAUGGAAAAAUACCUCGGAUGAAAAGUGGAGAAUUAUAA